AUGUCUAUGAAAGGAGAUGUUUACAGCUACGGGGUUUUGUUACUAGAGAUGUUAACGGGAAAGAGGCCUACUGAUUUGAUGUUUGUGGAUGGUUUUAACAUUCGUAACUUUACUAGUCAAGCCUUAACAGGAAACGCAAUUGAGUUUGUAAUGGAUCCAGUAAUUUUAAAAAGUGACAUUGUUAUUGGUCAGAGGGACAAUUGUCUGAUUGCAAUGGUGAAGAUUGGUUUGGCUUGCACGGAAGAGCUACCCCAAAAUAGGAUGAACAUGACCGAUGUUGUUAGGGAGUUGCAACAGAUCAAGAAGGCCAUAUUCAAGUGA